AGAUUGGCACCAAUGACGUGAAAGACUGUGCUGCUGGUGUUGAUAAGAUGCUGGCAGAAUUCCCAGACAUUGAUCGUGAGGCUAUAGUGUACUGCGGAGGUAGCCAUGGAGGGUUCUUAGGGGCACACUUGAUUGCCAAGUAUCCGGACGUCUACAAGGCUGCGGUGCUGCGAAAUCCAGUGACCAAUCUGGUCGAAGAGGUCUCCACAGCCGACAUUCCCGAUUGGGUGUAUGCUGAAGCCGGGCUUCCCUACAGAAGCACUUUAAGAAAGGAAGACCUAGACAAGUUAUACGCAUUAUCGCCGAUAUCAAAUGAUUUAAGCAAGAUUAAAACCCCGACACUGUUGUUGUUGGGCGCUAAAGACCGACGGGUACCUCCUUCGCAAGGCUUACAGUUCUAUCGAGGCCUUCAGGCUGCGGGGGUCAAGUCGAAGGUGUACUGGUUCCCAACACAGUCACAUCCCAUUGAUGAUCCCGGGUGCAACGCAGACUGCUGGAUUAACUCUGCGUUAUGGUACCACGAUGCGCUGAAAAAUACUUAUUAGGCAAUAGUACUACAGACAGAAGCAAAUAAAGGUCUUUGUGCAUCUGAUAGUAUGUAUGUAUACGAGGACAAGAAUAGUUAGGAUUGGUUUUUUAUUAUUAUACUAAAGUUCGAACUCAUUAUCUGACGCUUGUGCUAGAGAAUUCGCGUAGCUGAUUGAAUACAGAUACUGAAUGUAGCCGUGAAUGGAUACCCGAAUGAGGAUUCAACAUAAUAUGACUCAGCUAUAGCUAUGCGCUACAUAGUGGACUGGGACUAGACCGGCUACUGUUCGUGAGUAUUUCGAGA